UUUUCAGGUUCUUUUAGAAAUGAUGGAUUAAAAGCUGCUGAUGUCCUUCCUAUACUGAAGGAGAAGGUGGCCUUCGUGUCAGGUGGCCGUGAUAAACGAGGUGGUCCUGUCUUGACCUUCCCAGCCCGCAGCAAUCACGACAGAAUAAGGCAGGAAGACCUUCGGAAACUUGUGACUUAUUUGGCCAGUGUGCCAAGCGAAGAUGUUUGUAAACGAGGAUUCACUGUUAUUAUCGACAUGCGGGGAUCCAAAUGGGACUUGAUCAAGCCUCUCCUGAAGACUCUUCAAGAAGCCUUCCCUGCUGAGAUUCAUGUCGCCCUGAUUAUAAAACCUGAUAAUUUCUGGCAGAAGCAGAAAACGAACUUCGGCAGUUCCAAGUUCAUCUUUGAGACAAGUAUGGUAUCUGUUGAAGGCCUGGCAAAACUCGUAGAUCCUUCUCAGCUGACGGAUGAGUUUGAAGGAUCCUUGGAUUACAACCACGAUGAAUGGAUAGAGCUGCGCGUCUCCUUGGAAGAGUUUUUCAACAGUGCCAUCCAUUUAUUAUCAAGGCUGGAGGAUCUCCAGGAAAUGUUGGCAAGGAAGGAGUUUCCCGUUGAUGUUGAGGGCUCAAGAAGGCUGAUUGAUGAGCACACACAGCUUAAGAAAAAAGUCAUUAAAGCUCCUGUGGAGGAACUGGACCGUGAGGGUCAGAGGUUAUUACAAUGCAUAAGAUGCAGUGAUGGUUUUUCUGGUAGGAACUGCAUUCCUGGAAGUGCAGAUUUUCAAAGUCUUGUGCCAAAGAUCACCAGCCUUUUAGACAAGCUACAUUCUACCCGGCAACACUUGCAUCAGAUGUGGCAUGUCCGCAAGUUGAAACUGGACCAGUGCUUUCAACUCCGGCUUUUUGAGCAAGAUGCUGAGAAGAUGUUUGACUGGAUCAGCCACAACAAAGAAUUAUUUCUGCAGAGUCACACGGAGAUCGGCGUGAGUUACCAACAUGCCCUGGACCUGCAGACGCAACACAAUCAUUUUGCCAUGAAUUCCAUGAAUGCCUAUGUCAACAUCAAUCGGAUCAUGUCUGUCGCAUCAAGGCUUUCUGAGGCAGGCCAUUAUGCUUCCCAGCAAAUUAAGCAAAUAUCUAGCCAGCUGGAUCAAGAGUGGAAGAGUUUUGCUGCAGCUCUGGAUGAACGCAGCACUAUCUUAGCCAUGUCUGCUGUCUUUCACCAGAAGGCUGAACAGUUCCUUUCAGGUGUGGAUGCCUGGUGCAAAAUGUGCAGUGAAGGAGGCCUCCCCUCAGAAAUGCAAGACUUGGAACUGGCUAUCCAUCAUCAUCAGACCCUGUAUGAGCAAGUAACACAGGCCUACACAGAGGUGAGCCAGGAUGGAAAAGCCUUGCUGGAUGUCCUACAGCGUCCCUUGAGCCCUGGGAAUUCUGAAUCCCUCACUGCUACUGCAAACUACUCCAAGGCUGUUCACCAGGUGUUGGAUGUGGUACAUGAAGUCCUGCACCACCAGCGGCGCCUGGAGAGCAUCUGGCAGCACAGAAAGGUCCGGCUACAUCAAAGGUUGCAGCUCUGUGUUUUCCAGCAGGAUGUUCAACAGGUACUGGACUGGAUUGAAAAUCAUGGGGAAGCCUUUCUGAGUAAACAUACUGGAGUGGGGAAGUCUCUACACAGAGCACGUGCGCUGCAGAAAAGACAUGAUGAUUUUGAAGAGGUAGCCCAGAAUACGUACACCAAUGCAGACAAGCUUUUGGAAGCUGCAGAACAGUUGGCUCAGACUGGGGAAUGUGACCCUGAAGAGAUCUAUAAAGCAGCCCGGCAUCUGGAAGUACGGAUUCAGGACUUUGUCCGGAGGGUGGAACAGAGGAAACUUCUCUUGGACAUGUCGGUUUCCUUCCAUACCCACACCAAAGAGCUGUGGACAUGGAUGGAAGAUCUGCAGAAGGAGCUCUUAGAGGAUGUCUGUGCUGACUCUGUGGAUGCGGUUCAGGAGCUUAUCAAGCAGUUUCAGCAGCAACAAACAGCCACCUUGGAUGCUACCCUCAAUGUUAUCAAAGAAGGGGAGGAUCUAAUCCAACAGCUCAGGGACUCGGCCGUUUCCAACAAUAAGACUCCACACAACAGCUCCAUCAGCCACAUUGAAUCUGUCCUUCAGCAGCUCGACGAGGCCCAGGUACAGAUGGAAGAGCUCUUCCAUGAGAGGAAGAUUAAGCUAGACAUUUUCCUUCAGCUUCGGAUUUUUGAACAGUACACCAUCGAGGUUACAGCAGAGUUAGAUGCCUGGAAUGAAGAUCUGCUGAGACAAAUGAAUGACUUUAACACUGAAGACCUGACUCUGGCUGAGCAGCGCUUGCAGCGUCACACUGAGCGGAAGUUGGCCAUGAACAAUAUGACCUUUGAAGUCAUCCAGCAAGGGCAAGAUUUACACCAGUACAUCAUGGAGGUCCAGGCAUCAGGCAUUGAGCUUAUCUGUGAAAAAGACAUUGAUCUUGCAACACAGGUUCAAGAACUGCUGGAAUUCCUUCAUGAGAAGCAGCAUGAGCUGGAGCUUAAUGCUGACCAGACCCACAAGAGGUUAGAGCAGUGCCUGCAGCUCCGGCACCUACAGGCUGAAGUCAAGCAGGUGCUUGGCUGGAUCAGGAAUGGUGAAUCAAUGCUGAAUGCAAGUCUUGUCAAUGCAAGCUCCCUCUCUGAAGCUGAGCAGCUCCAACGGGAACACGAGCAGUUUCAGCUGGCCAUAGAGAAGACACACCAGAGUGCCCUGCAGGUCCAGCAGAAAGCUGAAGUGUUGCUACAGGCUGGGCAUUACGAUGCCGAUGCUAUCAGAGAGUGUGCUGAAAAGGUGGCUUUGCACUGGCAGCAGCUGAUGCUGAAGAUGGAGGACAGGCUCAAACUUGUCAAUGCCUCAGUGGCCUUCUACAAAACCUCUGAGCAGGUGUGCAGUGUAUUAGAGAGCUUGGAGCAAGAAUACAGACGGGAUGAAGACUGGUGUGGAGGUCGAGAUAAACUUGGACCAGCAGCUGAGAUAGACCACGUCAUCCCUCUGAUCAGCAAACAUCUGGAACAGAAGGAGGCUUUUCUCAAGGCCUGCACGCUGGCACGAAGGAAUGCUGAGGUGUUCCUCAAGUACAUCCACAGAAACAAUGUCAGCAUGCCUGGAGUAGCAAGCCACACAAGGGGCCCUGAGCAGCAAGUGAAAGCCAUUCUGAGUGAGCUGCUGCAGAGGGAGAACCGGGUCCUUCACUUCUGGACCCUGAAGAAGCGGAGAUUAGACCAGUGCCAACAAUACGUUGUCUUUGAGCGCAGUGCCAAGCAGGCCUUAGACUGGAUCCAAGAAACAGGUGAAUAUUACCUCUCUACUCACAACUCCACAGGGGAAUCAGCAGAAGAAACUCAGGAACUCCUGAAGGAAUAUGGGGAAUUCAGAGUACCUGCCAAGCAAACAAAGGAAAAAGUGAAGCUCCUCAUCCAGCUGGCUGACAGCUUUGUAGAAAAAGGACAUAUACACGCCACUGAAAUUAGGAAGUGGGUCACCACUGUUGACAAACGCUACCGUGACUUCUCUCUCAGGAUGGGAAAAUACCGCUACUCCUUGGAAAAAGCCCUUGGGAUCAAUACAGAGUCUGGAAAGGAUAACAAGGACCUAGAACUAGAUAUUAUUCCAGCAAGUCUUUCAGACCGGGAGGUAAAGCUGCGAGAUGCAAAUCAUGAAGUCAAUGAAGAAAAAAGAAAGUCGGCCAGAAAGAAAGAAUUCAUUAUGGCUGAACUGCUUCAGACAGAAAAGGCUUAUGUCAGGGACCUACAUGAAUGUUUAGAGACUUACCUUUGGGAAAUGACAAGUGGAGUGGAAGAAAUACCUGCUGGGAUCCUUAAUAAAGAACACAUCAUCUUUGGCAAUAUUCAGGAGAUAUAUGACUUUCAUAACAACAUUUUUCUGAAAGAACUAGAGAAAUAUGAACAACUGCCUGAGGAUGUGGGCCACUGCUUCGUCACCUGGGCAGAUAAAUUUCAGAUGUAUGUCACCUACUGCAAAAACAAGCCUGACUCCAACCAGCUCAUCCUGGAACAUGCAGGGACUUUCUUUGAUGAAAUUCAGCAAAGGCACGGUCUGGCCAACUCUAUCUCUUCUUAUUUAAUCAAGCCUGUCCAGAGGAUCACAAAAUACCAACUCCUACUGAAGGAACUUCUAACCUGCUGCGAGGAGGGAAAAGGAGAACUCAAAGAUGGCCUGGAAGUGAUGCUCAGUGUCCCAAAGAAGGCCAACGAUGCAAUGCACGUCAGCAUGCUGGAAGGGUUUGAUGAGAACCUGGACGUCCAGGGAGAGCUGAUUCUUCAGGAUUCCUUCCAAGUGUGGGAUCCCAAGUCUCUCAUUCGGAAAGGCCGUGAGAGGCAUUUGUUUCUCUUUGAAAUCUCUUUGGUGUUUAGCAAAGAGAUCAAAGAUUCUUCAGGACACACAAAAUAUGUUUACAAGAACAAGUUACUGACCUCAGAACUGGGAGUGACUGAACACGUUGAAGGAGAUCCAUGUAAAUUUGCUUUGUGGUCUGGACGAACACCAUCCUCAGACAAUAAAACAGUGCUGAAAGCAUCCAGCAUUGAAACAAAACAGGAAUGGAUCAAAAAUAUCCGGGAAGUCAUUCAAGAAAGGAUUAUCCAUCUGAAAGGAGCUCUGAAGGAGCCAAUUCAGCUCCCCAAGACACCAGCAAAGCAGCGAAACAACAGCAGAAGGGAUGGAAUAGAUGACGCAGACAGCCAAGGAGAUGGCAGCAGCCAACCUGACACCAUUUCCAUUGCAUCCAGGACAUCACAGAACACAGUGGACAGUGACAAGUUGUCUGGAGGGUGUGAACUAACCGUGGUGCUCCAGGACUUCACAGCAGGCCACAGCAGUGAGCUGAGCAUUCAGGUGGGGCAGACGGUGGAGCUGCUGGAGAGGCCCAGCGAAAGGCCAGGCUGGUGUUUGGUCCGGACCACAGAGCGGAGUCCCCCGCAGGAGGGUCUGGUCCCCAGCAGCGCUCUCUGCAUUUCCCACUCCCGCAGCAGUGUGGAGAUGGAUUGCUUCUUCCCUUCAGGAAAAGAUGCCUAUUCGGUCUCUUCCAACGACAACGGGGGCAAGUCUGAUUCAGUGGCCAACUUACAACCUCAGCCAUCUCUCAACUCCAUCCAGAGCUCUCCUGGCCCCAAGCGCUCGACCAACACCCUGAAGAAGUGGUUGACUAGUCCUGUGCGCCGGCUGAACAGCGGGAAGACGGAGAGCAACAUCAAGAAGCAGAAAAAGGUGCGAGAUGGCAGGAAGAGCUUUGACCUCGGCUCACCAAAGACCGGAGAUGAAACCACUCCUCAAGGAGACAGCGCAGAUGAGAAGAGCAAGAAGGGCUGGGGAGAAGAUGAACCAGAUGAAGAGUCUCACACACCUCUUCCUCCUCCUAUGAAGAUAUUUGACAAUGAUCCAGCCCAAGAUGAGAUGUCCUCCUCUUUGCUAGCUGCUCGACAGAGCUCCUCUGAUGUCCCAACUGCUGCGGAUCUUGUCAGUGCAAUAGAAAAGUUGGUCAAAACUAAGCUGACCCUUGAAGGAGGAUCUUACCGGGGAAGCUUGAAAGAUGCCACUGGCUGCUUAAAUGAAGGAAUGACGCCUUCAACUCCCCCACGAAACCUUGAAGAAGAACAGAAAGCCAAAGCAAUGAGAGGCAGGAUGUUUGUCUUAAAUGAGCUGGUACAGACUGAGAAAGACUACGUCAAGGACUUGGGAACUGUUGUGGAGGGCUUCAUGAAGAGGAUAGAAGAAAAGGGAGUUUCUGAAGAUAUGAAAGGGAAAGACAAGAUAGUAUUUGGCAAUAUUCACCAGAUCUAUGACUGGCACAAAGACUUUUUCCUGGCCGAACUGGAAAAAUGUCUUCAAGAACCUGAUCGUUUAGCACAGCUUUUUAUUAAGCAUGAACGGCGAUUACACAUGUAUGUGGUUUAUUGCCAAAACAAGCCACGAUCUGAAUAUAUAGUAGCUGAGUAUGAGACAUACUUUGAGGAGGUCCAACAGGAAAUAAGCCAGCGACUCACCAUCAGUGACUUUCUGAUCAAACCCAUUCAAAGAAUAACUAAGUAUCAGCUUCUUCUCAAGGACUUCCUGAGGUACAGUGAAAAAGCUGGUCUGGAGUGCUCUGAUAUAGAGAAAGCAGUUGAACUAAUGUGCCUUGUACCGAAACGCUGCAACGAUAUGAUGAACCUGGGUCGCCUCCAAGGGUUUGAGGGCAAGCUGACAGCUCAAGGCAAGCUGCUGCAGCAGGACACCUUCUACGUGACAGAGCAGGAUUCUGGAGUUCAAUCUCGGCCGAAGGAGCGUAGGGUGUUUCUCUUUGAGCAGAUAGUUAUCUUCAGUGAACUCCUUAGAAAAGGAUCUUUGACACCAGGCUACAUGUUCAAGAAAAGCAUAAAGAUGAACUACCUUAUCAUUGAAGAAAACGUGGACAAUGAUCCCUGCAAGUUUGCUCUCAUGAGCCGGGAGACAUCAGAGAGAGUCAUUUUACAGGCAGCUAAUGCAGAAAUUCAACAAGCUUGGGUACAGGACAUCAACCAGGUCCUGGACACACAGAGAGAUUUCCUAAAUGCUCUGCAGUCUCCCAUAGAGUACCAACGCAAGGAAAGUAGCACAGCAGUGCUGAGGCCCCAGACCAGCAGGGUCCCUCAGCCCAACAGCAGACCCUAUUCUUCUGUUCCAGUAGGGUCUGAGAAGCCUUUAAAGGCUACAACUCGUAAUCCAUCUCUCCCACCCUUGAAGAUAUCUACCUCCAAUGGCAGCACAGGGUAUGAACACUCACAGCCUGGAGACAAGUAUGAACAAAGCAAGACUGAUAUGGGAGGGUGCAAUGGGACCUCUUCCAUGGUGGUGAUUAAAGAUUACUAUGCACUGAAGGAGGAUGAGAUCUGUGUGAAUCAAGGAGAGGUGGUUCAGAUCCUUGCUAUCAACCAGCAGAACAUGUUCCUGGUGUACCAGCCUGCAAACGACCACUCUCCUGCUGCUGAAGGAUGGAUCCCUGGCAAUAUCUUGGCUCCCCUCACUAAAUCCACUACAGAUAAUAGCGACGGAAGCAUCAAGAAGUCAUGUUCCUGGCAUACCCUGCGCAUGAGAAAGCGGGCGGAAAAGGAGAGCAGUGGCAAAAAUGAAGCCAAUGGGCCACGUAAAUCCAAGGAUAUUCUGGGGAACAAGGUCUCUGUUAAAGAGACAAACAGCUCAGAGGAAUCAGAGUGUGAUGACCUUGACCCCAAUACUAGCAUGGAGAUAAUCAACCCCAAUUUCAUUCAAGAAGUGGCUCCCGAGUUUCUUGUGCCAUUAGUGGACGUCACAUGCCUGCUUGGUGACACUGUGAUGCUGCAGUGCAAAGUCUGUGGGCGGCCCAAACCAACAAUAACCUGGAAAGGACCAGAUCAAAACAUUCUUGACAAUGACAACAGCACAGCCACUUACACGGUGUCAUCUUGUGACUCUGGGGAGCUCACCUUGAAGAUCUGCAACCUGAUGCCUCAGGACAGCGGCAUUUACACCUGUGUGGCCACCAACGAACACGGGACCGCAUCAACCUCUGCCACCAUCAAAGUUCAAGGUGUCCCAGCUGCCCCAAAUCGCCCCAUUGCUCAGGAGAGAAGCUGCACCUCUGUGAUCCUACGCUGGCUACCCCCGUCCAGUACAGGCAAUUGCACCAUUUCAGGAUACACUGUGGAGUACAGAGAAGAAGGCUCACAGAUCUGGCAGCAGUCAGUAGCCUCAACUUUGGACACGUACCUCGUCAUUGAGGACCUGUCCCCAGGCUGCCAGUAUCAGUUUCGAGUGAGUGCCAGCAAUCCCUGGGGAAUCAGCUUGCCUAGUGACCCAUCUGAAUUCGUGAGGCUCCCAGAGUACGACUCUGCUGCUGAUGGUGCCACUAUUUCAUGGAAGGAAAACUUUGACCUUGCUUAUGCAGAGCUACAUGAGAUUGGGAGGGGACGAUUCUCCAUAGUCAAGAAAUGUGUUCACAAAGCCACACGGAAAGAUGUUGCUGUAAAAUUCAUCAGUAAAAAAAUGAAAAAGAAAGAGCAGGCAGCACAUGAAGCAGCUUUGUUACAGCACUUACAGCAUCCUCAGUACAUCACCAUCCACGAUACAUAUGAGUCUGCAAGUUCUUACAUCUUAGUUUUGGAACUGAUGGAUGACGGUCGUCUCUUAGAUUAUCUAAUGAACCAUGAUGAACUGAUGGAGGAAAAAGUCGCCUUCUAUAUACGAGACACCAUGGAAGCCUUGCAGUACCUUCACAAUUGCAGAGUGGCUCAUUUAGACAUCAAGCCAGAAAAUCUGCUCAUUGAUUUAAGAAUCCCAGUACCUCGUGUCAAGAUCAUUGAUUUGGAAGAUGCAGUUCAGAUCACAGGUCACUACCACGUCCACCAACUCCUCGGAAACCCAGAGUUUGCAGCUCCUGAAGUUAUCCAAGGCCUUCCUGUCUCCCUGAGCACAGAUAUCUGGAGCAUAGGGGUCCUCACCUAUGUCAUGUUAAGUGGUGUCUCUCCAUUCCUGGAUGAAAGCAAAGAGGAGACUUGUAUCAACGUGUGCCGAGUAGAUUUCAGCUUCCCGCACGAGUACUUCUCUGAUGUGAGCCAUGCUGCCAGGGAUUUCAUCAACGUUAUCCUCCAGGAAGACUUCAGGAGAAGGCCAACAGCAGCCACUUGUUUACAGCACCCAUGGCUGCAGCCGCACAACGGCAGCUAUUCCAAGAUCCCACUGGAUACCUCCCGCUUGGCUUCCUUCAUCGAGCGCCGCAGGCACCAGUACGACGUGCACCCCGUCCCCAGCGUCAAGAGUUUCCUGAUGAGCAGGAUGAGCCCAGGCACGUAA